AUGUCCUUUUCAUCAUGUGUCUCGAACCCCUUUUACAAAGUCACCUUAGAGACAGCACCAAGAAGCGGAGUGGAAGCAGCAGCUGCACUAGAGAAGCUUUCAUGGAAGAUCAGCAUUGAAGCUGAAAACAAGCAUAUCUGUGGAGGGGUGAUCCUGAACAGCUGGUGGAUCUUGUCUGCAGCUCACUGUUUCACAAAAGAACUCCCUCCAGAUCUCCACGUAAUAGUUGGCUUGAAGGGGUACGCAAAGAAGAGACGGAUGUUGGAUAGGAUAGUCAUCCAUCAAGACUUCAACAAUGCAAGCAUGGCCAAUGACAUUGCUUUGAUCUUGCUGGACUCUCCCAUAAAGUUCAGUAAAAAGAUGUUAAUUUCCGUGCCCUUGAUGCAUGACCUCAGCAUGUGGAAAGACUGCAGUGUUUCCAGAUGGAGCUCCAUUAUGGCCGGUGGUGAGAAGAGACCAAUAAGUACGCUACAGGAAGUAGAAACGACUCUGAUCAGCAACAAGCAGUGCUCUCAAAGUGUCCAGGGGCUGACGGAGGAUAUGCUUUGUGCCAUCUCAGAGGAAGGCAGGGAGGGCCUCUGUGAGGGUGACAGCGGGGGCCCUUUGGUUUGCACCUAUGGAGACAUCAUUGUGGAGUGGUUUGUGGUAGGAAUAGCCAGCCGGGGAGACAGCUGCGGAGGAGAGGACAGUCCUGUAGUCUAUACUCUUGUCUUUAGCUACCUUGACUGGAUACAGACAGCAACCACUAGAGAAGGGAAGCCGUUUAUACCCGAAGGCAGGGACGACGUCAUUGACACCUCUAUCCGCUCAGGAGCUGUUCAGAAUCACUUUGCUUCUGAUUCUCCCCUCCUUCCACUUGUGUGUUUGAUAUUGAUAGUUUACAAAUUGUAA